CCGUUCUGUUUCAUGUCCGUUGUUUAUUAAAUCUUCACUCCCUCUACCUGCUUCUCGUCUCCAGCGUCGAUCCUCACACAGAUAGUAACAGCAUCGAGGAAACACAGAAGCCAUUUUGUGCGUCAAUCAAUUUAGGUCGUCUCAGUUUGGGUGAAUACUGUCACUUUGGCUGUUACCUUUGUCUUUUGACCCAAACUCACUGACAGACGGGUCAGUUACCCGGCAGGACGAUGUGUCACUAUGCUCAAAGCGACGCAGAGACCUGGGACAUUCUCAUGGACAUAUGUCAAGAGAAACCAUCCUAUCCUGUCUGUCCUCCUCUGGGACAUUCUCAUGGACAUAUGUCAAGAGAAACUAUCCUAUCCUGUCUGUCCUCCUCUGGGAUAUUCUCAUGGACAUAUGUCAAGAGAAACCAUCCUAUCCUGUCUGUCCUCCUCUUGGACAUUCUCAUGGACAUAUGUCGAGAGAAACCAUCCUAUCCUGUCUGUCCUCCUCUGGGACAUUCUCAUGGACAUAUUUCAAGAAAAACCAUCCUAUCCUGUCUGUCCUCCUCUGGGAUAUCCUCAUGGACAAAUGUCAAGAGAAACCAUCCUAUCCUGUCUGUCCUCCUCUGGGAUAUUCUCAUGGACAUAUGUCAAGAGAAACCAUCCUAUCCUGUCUGUCCUCCUCUGGGACAUUCUCAUGGACAAAUGUCAAGAGAAACCAUCCUAUCCUGUCUGUCCUCCUCUGGGAUAUUCUCAUGGACAUAUGUCAAGAGAAACCAUCCUAUCCUGUCUGUCCUCCUCUGGUAUAUUCUCAUGGACAUAUGUCAAGAGAAACCAUCCUAUCCUGUCUGUCCUCCUCUGGGAUAUUCUCAUGGACAUAUGUCAAGAGAAACCAUCCUAUCCUCUCUGUCCUCCUCUGGGAUAUUCUCAUGGACAUAUGUCAAGAGAAACCAUCCUAUCCUGUCUGUCCUCCUCUGGGAUAUUCUCAUGGACAUAUGUCAAGAGAAACCAUCCUAUCCUGUCUGUCCUCCUCUGGGAUAUUCUCAUGGACAUAUGUCAAGAGAAACCAUCCUAUCCUGUCUGUCCUCCUCUGGGAUAUUCUCAUGGACAUAUGUCAAGAGAAACCAUCCUAUCCUGUCUGUCCUCCUCUGUGACAUGCUCGUGGACACUAUGUCAAGAGAAACCAUCCGUAGCUUUUUUCCCCUCGUGGUUCACUUGGUUUCUUCCUUUUGUUCGUCUCAAUCAAUGUGGAAAAACAACGUGGAGGUAAAUUGUGAGGCGAGAAAGGGGGAUGUGAAACAAGCGCUUGAGAAAGCCAGAGUUUUCUCCUUCCAUCAGUUCUUUAGUUUCCUAAUGGCUCUCCCAAGUCCUAAGUGUGCGUUGUGCCAAAAGUUAUUUGGUAAGAUUUUGUCCAUGUGUUGACUA